AUGCUCAUUAUGACAUUUUUAUUAUUUCCUCUCACUCUGUGUUAUGGUGAUAAAACUGUAAAGUAUGCUGCUGUUAUAUAUAGACAUGGUGACCGGACUCCUGUAGAUUCUUACCCCACUGACCCUUGGCGUAAUGAAUCCCUCUGGCCGGUUAAAUUCGGUGAGCUCACGAACACAGGCAAAAGACAACAUUAUGCUCUAGGGAAGUGGCUUAGAAAAAGAUAUUCACAUUUACUUUCGAAAGAAUUUGACCCUACAGAGAUAUACAUAAGGUCAACAGAUGUUGAUCGCACAUUGAUGUCAGCACAAGCCAACUUAGCAGGUAUGUAUCCACCAUAUGGUGAUUCUGUCUGGAACAUGGAGUUAAUGUGGCAGCCUAUACCUGUUCAUACAAGACCAGAAAAAGAUGAUGAAGUUUUAGCAAUGAAAAGGAAAUGCAUUCCUUAUACUAAAGAAAAAGAAAAAUAUAUACAUUCAACACCUUACAAAGAAAGACUCAGUAAAUAUCAAGGACUUAUGGAUUACUUGACUGCCUAUACAGGAAGAAAAAUCAAAGAUUACUCUGACAUAAAUGAUAUAUAUAAUGUAUUGUUUAUUGAGACAUUAUAUAAUUUUACACUUCCUAACUGGACUCAAUCUAUUUAUCCCAAUAAAUUGAAAGAACCGUCAUGUUACAGUUUUGUCACAUCAACUGCUACACCACAAAUGGCUCGUUUAAUGGUUGGGCCAUUAUUGAAAGAAAUUGUAGGAAAAAUGAAUCAGGUAAUUCAAAAGAAGAAUCCAAAUCCCUUAAAAUUGUCGAUAUACAGUGGCCAUGAUUUCAGUAUUGGAAAUAUUUUAAAUGCUAUUGGGGUAUAUGAUGGCAACUGCCCUCCUUACACGGCUACUAUAUUCUUUGAACUCUUACAAGAUAAUUCUACUAUGAAGUACUUUUUACGAAUGUCAUACAGAAAUACAACGGAAAUUAUAGAACCAUAUGUCAUAAAUAUACCACACUGUGGUGACAUUUGCCCAUAUGAAAGAUUUUUAAAGUUAUAUGACAAUCUUGUCACUGUCGACUGGAAUUAUGAGUGCACUAAACAGAUAUCACCAUUAAUUGGGGCAUGCUUCUUUUUGGGACUUUUCACGAUAAUGUAUGUGGUUCACAAAGUACAUUUUGCAAGAAUUGCCAAAAAUCGAAGGGUUCAAUUUGCCUACACAAGUGUUUACAGCCCUACAGCUGUGCCAGAGAAAAAUACAGAGAGU